AUGGUUGCGGUGGCGAAUGGGUGCGACAGGAGUUGGGUGCGGCGCCUGAGAAUGUCGGAGAAGGUUCGACAGGUUUGUUCCUGCACUCACGCCCGCUACACCUACACCCGCCCCGCUACACCUACCCGCUACACCUACACCCACGCCGCUGCACCUACGCCCGCCCGCUACCCUACACCCACGACCGCUACACCUACACCCACGCCGCUACACUUCACCCACGCCCUCACCUGCGCCCGCCCGCUACACCUACACCCACGCCGCUGCACCUCACCCGCUACACCCUACACCCACGCUGCACCCACGCUUCAUCCCGCCCGCUACACCUAUGCACGCGCCCGCUACCUACACACGCCCGCUGCACCCACACCCGCUACACCCGCCCGCUAUACCUACACCCACGCCCGCUUCCAUCUACACCGCUACACCUACACCCGCCGCUGCACUCACGCUACACCCGCCCGCUAUACCUACCCACGCCCGCCACACCUACACCACGCCCAUAUACCUCACGCCCGCUACACCCGCCCGCUACACCUACACCGCCGCCACAGCUACACCGCUACACCUACCCACACCACGCCCUACACCUACACCCACGCCCGCCAAGCUUCACCCACGCCCGUUACCUGCACCAGCUACACCUACACCAGACGCUACACCGCCACUACCUACACCCACGCCCGCCACAGCUACCGCUACACCUGCACCCACUCCGCUUCACCCUACACCCACGCCCGUACACCUACCCACGCCCGCCACAGCUACACGCUACACCUACACCCACGCACGCUACACCGCCCACUACACCUACACCCACGCCUGCCAAGCUACACCACGCCCGUUACACCUGCACCCGCUACACCUACCCACGCCCGCCAAAGCUACACCCGCCCGCAAGCUACACCCACGCCCGUUGCACCUACUCCUGCACCUACGCACGCACGCUACACCGCCAUUACCUACACCCACGCCCGUUACACCCGUCCGCUACACCUAUACCCACGCCGUUACACCUACACCCGCUACAAUUACAUCCACGCCCGCUACCCGCCCGUUACACCUACACCCGCUACAGUACAUCCACGCCCGCUGCACCCACGCCCGCUACACCACGCCCGCCACCUACACCGCCACCACCUCUACACCCGCCACAGCUACACCCUCUACACCCACCGCCACACCUGCACCCACCAAGCUACACCCGCCGCUACACAUACACCUGCGCCUGCUACACAUACUCCUACGCCCGCCACAGCUAUACCCUCUACACCGCCAUAG